GCGGUCAAGUGCAAAGCCCAGUCCCCACCGUGCGUGGCCCAGCCACCAAAGCAGAACAAAACCAAGUGGCACCGCUCGCCUUUUCCGAUUCUACUCUUCUCUCUCCUUUCCUUCUUCAAUCUCAAAGGCGCCAUUUCCUUAUCGUCAAGACAGUCUCUCUCUUUUCUGAACGAAAAGAGCCGUGAAGUCCUGAUCAUUAUUCAGCGUGCCUAGAUUGAACCACACCUGCCAGUCUUUUUUCGCUAGCGGAGCCUGAGUUUAACCAAUUGCUUCUACUGGGUAUGCCGUUAGAUAGUUACUGCCUACAUAUUCCCUCUCUCUCCGUCUCUCUCCCUCUCACUCUCUAUCUCUUUUCCGUCUCGUUUGGCGCGUGCACUGCUCGUUCCCCCCCGUAUGCCGCGCGAGCAAGUGUCCUCAUUCUCUCUCUCUCUCUCUCUUGUGACAAACCAUUCGAUGCUCGUAUGCUCUCAUACCUAUGCUGCGUUCGCAUUGUGAGGCCUCGUCCUUGACAGGUCCCGCCGUGGGGAAUUGUAUGUGCGUGUAUGGCGCUGGUAUGGCGUGCGUGCGCAUGUGUUUGUGUGUUUGUGUGUGCGAGUACUACUCGUUGACCACAUACACCACUCACUCGUGUGUGCCAUGGCCACUCUUUCUUUUUCUUGCUUCGAGAGAACCGGCAUCUCUCGUCUCUGAUCCCCUCCUUGUUUUUUUUUUUUGA